GAAGCUGGUGACCACAAUGGCUGCUCUUUACACAGACCGUAACUUCAACAAGAAAGCUAAGAUAUUUGUUGUGGGUGCAGGUGGUAUUGGGUGCGAACUCCUCAAGAACCUGGUCCUAACAGGCUUCACAAACCUGCACGUGAUAGACCUAGACACUAUAGAUGUUAGUAACCUGAACAGACAGUUCCUCUUUCAGCGAGACCACGUGGGGCAGAGCAAGGCUGUGUGUGCUACUAACACUGUCAAGCUCUUCAACCCUGCAGUUAACAUCACCACCUACCAUGAGAGUGUCAUAUCACCGAAGUUUAACGCUGAGUUCUUCAAGCAGUUCACAGUGGUAAUGAACGCGCUGGAUAACCUAGCUGCACGGACACAUGUUAACAGGAUGUGUCUAGCUGCUAAUGUGCCUCUUGUGGAGUCCGGAACAGGUGGUUACAAAGGACAAGUACAGGUGAUAAAGAAAGGAAAAUACGAGUGCUACGAGUGCAACCAGAAAAAGAGUGACGUUAAAUCGUACCCAGGCUGCACAAUCAGGAACACUCCCUCGGAGCCUAUCCACUGUAUAGUGUGGGGUAAACACCUCUUUAACCAGCUCUUCGGAGAACCUGAUCCGGACCAGGACGUGUCUCCGGAUACUGCUGAUCCGGAGGCUGUGGCUGAGGCUGGAGCAGUGGCAGCUUCUUCAGAAACAGAAACAACCCGCAAAUCUACACGGCAGUGGGUGGAAAACAUCGACUACAACCCCGACAAAAUACUUCACAAAAUGUUCCACGACGAUAUUCUGUACCUCCUAACCAUGGACAAAUUAUGGAAAACUCGAAAACCUCCGGUUCCUUUGGAUUUGAGUCAGCUUCAAAAGAUUGGUGAAGGCAGUGAGAAUGGUGUGUACGCGCUGAAGGAUCAACGACCCUGGUCUAUUCAGGAGUGUGUACAUGUUUUUAGGGAAAGCGUCAGAUCUCUUAGCCGGGAGUACAAGUCAAGUGGAUACUUGACCUGGGAUAAGGAUGAUAAACCUGCCAUGGACUUUGUCACAGCCACCGCAAACAUUAGAGCUAGUAUUUUCUCUAUAGAACAAAAGAGCAAGUUCGAUGUUAAGAGCAUGGCUGGAAACAUAAUCCCGGCUAUCGCAACUACCAACGCUAUCAUAGCGGGUCAGAUUGUGUUGGAAGGGAUGAAGAUCCUGCGGGAGGACUGGAGCAAGUGUACCAUGUCUAUCUUACAGCGGAGACCUACCAACCGGCGGAAGCUCAUAGUCCCUUCUCCUCUGGAGAGACCAAGGGAGAGUUGUUACGCGUGUGCAGAGAGACCUGAAGUAACUGUAACCCUGAACACUGAUACCAUGACUGUGGGAGGGUUUGAGGAGAGGGUGCUGAAGAAACACCUGGGUAUGGUGGCCCCUGAUGUGGAGAUUGAGGAUGGGAAGGGAACUAUCAUUAUCUCUUCCGAGGAGGGGGAGACUGAACAGAACAACGAUAAAACUCUAGGUCAUUUUGGGGUGUCAAACCAUAGCCGGCUGAAAUGUGAUGAUUUCUUGCAAGAGUAUGAGUUGGUUGUGAACAUUUUACACAGUACUUUACUCUCAGAAAGUAGAGAAAACCCGGUAGAGUUCACUGUGUCGGGUAGCGCAGCACCAGUACCACCACCACCACCCUCUGCUAGCGCUCUCCAGACAAACAAGAGGUUAAGUGAGGGGACUGGGAGUAACAGUCUGACUCCGAGGAAGAGAAAUAGAGAAGAGAUUGAGGUUGAGGACAAUGACGAUCUUAUUGUUUUGUAGUGUGUUACCGUGAGUCGUGCUACUAGUGGGAGGCAAUGCACGGUAGAUAUUGUUUAGGCACAUUACAUGCCUGUUUGUUUCAAGUAUACCACAUGAGAUUUUGGAGUGUAACAAGUUUGAUAUUUCUGUCUCGCCUUCUAUUCGGCUAGUGUACUUCCGUUUUUAACUGACUGCGUUGCUUCAUACAUUUAUCGAAUUCUGACAUUACCGUGUAAAGAAUGUGCUCUAGGUUACAAUGAUCAUUAUUCAUAUGUUCAUUGUUGUUCACCAUCUAUUUAUUACGUUGCAGAUUUUCACGGUUGUUUUUCAAAUCCGACCUCUAUUUUAAUGUUGCCUUUAAUCAAUGUUAUUUUAAUACAAACGUAAAGGUACCAUUUUAUCUUAUUUAUUUUAAAUACUCUGUCUAGAAAAAGGCUGUCAAUUGUUAAGAUUUGGCUUACAGUCCCAACCAGCAUUUAUUAUCAAAACUGUUCAAAUUAAGUUUAUAUUUACAGACU